AGGCUUUCUGUACCCAGACUGCGCCACAUUGUAAUGCCGAAGGAGCGGAGCGGCUUCAUGGUAACGUUCUCGUUGGGCAGCCGCGCAGUUUACCGACUUGCUGGGGAGUUUUAUCCUGAAUCGAAUCGCGUAGGUUUCCGCUCUCAGAUGCAUCAGUUUGUCCGGACGAGACGUUUUUCUUAAUAAAUAAGGAGGCUCGUGGUUUUUCCCCCCUGUUAAGUUGUUUGGUGUUGGAGCGCUGAAGAUUAAAUGGACCCCAGGGUGGCUUGGAUUCAGCCCGAGCAGAAAGGACCAGCCAACGUUUUGUGGAUGCACAUCUGGGAGACCUCGCACGGAUCACGGACUACUCAUACCUCCCCGAGCCCGCGGGUGAACCCGGCCAUGGCGCCAGGUUUGAUGAAAACCAGCUCGUCCAGCUGUAUCAGCCCGCAUCCCGGUCAGGUUUCGCCCAGUUUCUUUCUGCCUCCUCCGUUUGAUCACUGCAAUCUGACUGCACUGAAUGGCACUUGCACAGAAGCAGGGAAGCCGAGUGCUUCUCCCAAAAAUGGCUCCCUGUCUCCCUUGUCCUCCUCGCUGGACUCUGAAACGGACAGUCCCAAAUCGGACUCGUGUGACAGCACAAGCGCCCACCAUCCUCAUCCCCAUCCCAGACUCAUCUUCAGCUUCAAUGAGCAGCUGCACAACAUCAAUGACUAUUUGCAUCAGCACCAACAGCAGCAUCUCCAUCUCCAUGCACAUCUCCACCAACACCAUCAUCACCGCAAUCCGUCUCAGCAAUUCCCUCAAGAAUCUGACCAUCACAGUCAUCAUCACAACAACCACCAUCACAGUCAUCACCAUCCAGCCAGGAAGAAGGCUGAAACCAAGGCCAGCAGCACUUACGGGGUCAGCAACCUGCUCUCCAACUCCAACUCCAACCUCUUCUGCACUGGGAUGCCAUGGAAGACGAGGAGAUACAGUCCAGGGGUUAACGGUCUUCAUGAAGAGAUCGUGGACUUCUAUGCCUUUAUGUCCCCUCGACCUGAGGAAGAAGCCAUGAGGAGGGAUGUAGUGAACCGCAUCGAGAAUGUGAUCAAGAACUUGUGGCCGACGGCUAACGUGCAAAUAUUUGGCAGCUUUAGUACCGGACUUUAUCUUCCAACAAGUGACAUUGACCUCGUGGUGUUUGGGAAGUGGGAACGUCCUCCUCUGCAGCAGCUCGAUCAGGCUCUGAGGCAGCAAAACCUCGCCAAACCCUUCUCUAUUAAAAUCCUGGACAAAGCCACAGUUCCUAUCAUCAAGCUAACUGACAGGGAGACGGAGGUGAAGGUGGACAUCAGUUUUAACGUGGAGACCGCGGUCAAAGCGGCACGCUUCAUCAAGGACCACUUAAAGAAGUACACCGUGCUCCCGUACCUGAUCUUCGUUCUGAAGCAGUUUCUGCUGCAGUGGCAUUUAAACGAGGUGUUUACGGGAGGCAUCAGCUCCUACUGCCUCAUUUUAAUGGCCAUCAGCUUCCUGCAGCUUCACCCCCGGAUCGACUGCAGGGCGACCAACAUAAACCUUGGCAUCCUGCUGAUCGAGUUCUUCGAGCUCUACGGCCGCCACUUCAACUACCUGAAAACGGGGAUCCGCGUGAAGAACGGGGGGGCUUACCUUUCCAAAGAGGAGAUGAUAAAAGCCAUGAGUAGUGGUCACAGACCCUCCAUGCUGUGUAUUGAAGAUCCCAACUUACCAGGCAACGACGUGGGCCGCAGUUCUUACGGAGCCCUGCAGGUGAAGCGGGUGUUUGAUUACGCCUACAUCGUCCUGAGUCACGCCGUGUCUCCUCUCGCCCGUUCGUAUCCCAACAAGGAUAACGACAGCACACUCAGCCGGAUCCUGAAACUGACCCAGGAAGUGAUUAACUACAGGGAGUGGAUCAUCCAGAAGUGGGGGGACAGACACAAUGCCAGAAUCAACCGUUGCAUUGUCCAGUUCGGAGGCGACUCCGAGGAUCAGCAGAGAGACUCUGCAUCUCCCCAAAGUGCCGAUUCUCAUAUGUCUCUGUCCAGUCCUCAGCAGCACUCGUCAUCAUCUUCAGCCUCUUCUGUUUCAUCGCUCUCAGGAAGUGACAUUGACUCAGACUCCAUACCAUCUGGACCUCAAGUCCCCCAGCAAACCUUUGCAGCAUACACUGUGCCCAGCACUCAGCAGAGGCCACAGAGCGGGACAAAUCCGUCAGAAACUACUUCCUCUAAUGCACAGGUGCGGAAGCCCAACCUUGUAUCUCUUCCCCCACCUGUACCUGGCAGACCUCUGUGUUUGGACGGGUGUGUGCCACUGAGCAACGGAUACCGGCUGUCCUCGCCCAUCUACCUCGGCCCGCUCCCCGGCCUCCAACACCAGCCUAAGUUUCAUAACGUUCAGAGGUUCGGCCCGAAGGUUCCCGGUGGCUUCGAUCCUGGUUUGAUGCCAGCACCUCGCACCAGUCUUCCACAGCACAACCGAAACACGUGGCACAGAGGAGGGGGGAAACGGCGCCCUCUAGCCUCAGUAGAUAGAACAGCCACAGGUCAAAGGUAGCCAUUCCUGUCUCCACGCGGUCCAAGCUGCGUAUCCACGUCACCGGUGACUGCCAUUUGUUUUUUUUCUUUGUUUUUUUUUUAAAGUACUUUCCUUUAUUCACUUAUUUUUACUAUUGUUUUUAAAUUUUCCCUUUUUUCCCCCUGUUUGUGCCAAACACUAAAUGUUCUCAUUGCAGCCAAGCUGUAUUGGAGUUUAGUAAAACUCGUGCAAUAUGAGUGUUUUUAUAAUUUGCCUUUUUCUUUUUUUAGGUUAUUUUUAAUUUAUGUUUUACUACUCUUCAGUGUUUACAUUUUUGUGUUUUUGUGUUGUCAUGAGCAUAAGCCGAUGAAGGCCAAGUGUGAUGUUGCAUCUGUACUCCACUACUAUAUCAUCAUGUCUAAAUCCCGAGUCGUUGUGAAUUUUCCUUUUGCACUCAAUGGCUUCCCAGAUUGCUGGAGUUCAGCUUCAGUACCAGCAGGUGGAGCCACUCACUCUGUGCCAAAUUCCUGGGCCUAAGUGUUACUUAUGUCACAGUUGCCUGUACCUUUUUUUUUUUUUUUUCUCCUUCUCUUUUUUCCCCUCCAGCCAAACUGUCAAAUCUUGUUUUUCAUUUUGUUUAUUUGCCUGAAUUUCUCUUUAAUCCUUCUCUUCAUUCUUUCUUCAUUUUCUUUCCUUUGCCUUUACAACACAAGGAAAUAAGAAUGAAGUAAUGGCCGUGGUUCCUUUUAUAUGUAGAAUUACACACAAUGUAAAGGUGGCCUCCCUCACACCUUAACCUGAUGACUUUUUGUUAUGUAUGCUCAUCUCCUGCACCGGUAGUUGGUGUCGUUGAUUUAUCAGCCUUAACUUCUUUAUUAUCCAUUCCACUCCACUCGGUGAAGAUGCAUUUCGUUUACAUUAGCCUGGCCAAAAAGUGGUUCCUAAUCCAGUAUCCAUACCAGAUUUCCACAGUUCAAUGUCCACACCAGUAGGUGGCACCAAAGAUCUGUGCUGUACAAUUUUCUUGUUUAUUUGGAAGCGAGAUGUGCCAAAUUUACAGUGCGAGUCUACCAGACCAGUACCCCAGGGUGAAGGUUUCCCAGGUACCAGUGCCCCAAGAAGCACUAGGCCCAAUAAAAACAUGCAACGUUUCCAUCUAUGUUCUAUGCAAAUGUCUUGGCGCUGAUUGGCUGUUAGUCACUGUUGUCUUUAUUGUAGUGUCCUCACUGUAAUUGUACUUGGGAUCACAAAUGUGAUUUGGUUAAAUCAUGUGAUCGCAUUUUAAACCUUUUUCUUUUUUUUUCUUUAAACAAUGGAACAUAACUUCCUGCCCUAUCUCAGAAAGAAAGUGCUCAUCCAUUUAUGAUGUUACAGUUCUUAUAGCAUUUUGUCCCAAAGAUGGAGCGCACCAGACAUGCAUUCAGACCAACACACAUACACACGCAUUCAGAGCUGCACACAUCUAUAUAUCACACACACACACACACACACACACACACACACACACACACACACACACACACACACCAUUGCUGAUUUAUGAAUGUAUUCUCUUUUUCUUUCUUUUUUUUUUUUUUUUUUUUUAAAUUGCCUUUUUUGCCCCUGGGAAUUUUUUAUGUAAAGAUUUUUCUACAGAUUAUUUUUAAAAUAAAUAUCUUAAAUGACCAAA